AUGCCGAAAUUUACUGUUUUCAAAGGCUCUGAGAAUGGGGAGAUUGUGGAACGUCGCACUCAAUAUCCCGACCCUACUGAGAAUGAAAUACUCGUCCGAAUAACGCACUCCGGUCUCUGUGGAACUGACGAACACUACAAGCAUGCCAAUAUUGUCCUCGGACAUGAAGGAGCUGGGGUCGUCGAAUCAAUCGGUACCAAAGUUGCUUCGCUCAAGAUUGAAAACAGCGGAGAUCGUGUGGGCUGGGGAUAUGGACAUGGCAGUUGUCGUCAAUGCAAGUAUUGUCUGCGUGGCGAGGAAUUAUACUGCGAUCAACGAAAGAUCUAUGGCGAAUCUAAUAUCGACCAAGGAUCUUUUGCUCAGGCGGCUAUCUGGCCGGAAGAUUUUCUUUAUAAAAUUCCUGAUGAAAUAUCCAAUGCCGAUGCAGCUCCCUUGAUGUGUGCCGGAAGUGCAGUAUUUUCGCCAUUGCAUAAAUUCAAAAUUUCACCGACCGAGCGCGUGGGUGUGAUUGGGGUAGGUGGACUAGGACACCUCGCCAUUCAGUUCGCUGCAAAAAUGGGCUGUCAAGUGGUGGUGCUAUCAGGAACGCAGUCUAAGCAGGCUGAAGCGUUGGCUCUUGGGGCCACCGAGUUCCAUGCUUUCACGGAUUCCCCGCCCGCGAUGGAGCCUCUGGAUCAUGUUCUUGUCACAUCGGCGAAGCAGCCAAAUUGGGAAGCUAUUUUCCAGCUUAUGGCUCCGGGGGGCACCAUCUAUGCUCUUACGGUAGAUAUGGAUGAGAUGAAGUUCCCCUAUCUGCCGUUGGUUAUGAAAGCCUUGCGGAUCCAAGGCAGUCUGCCCGCAGCUCGAGGUAGCCAACGUGAGAUGUUGAAUUUUGCAGCCCGCCACCGCAUCAAGCCUAUCGUGAUGACAUUCCCGUUGAGCCAAAAUGGAAUUGAGGAGGCGAUGAAGACUCUUCGGGAGGGAAAAAUGAGAUACAGAGGGGUUUUGGUCCAUGAUGCCUGA